AUGGUGAAAAAGCUCGGUCAGUGGCUCCCACAUGCAUUGAGCGACCGCAACCGCCAAAGACGCUUGGACAUCUGCACUCAGCUGCUCUCCAAAAGCCGCAGAUUCGACGCCAUUGUCACUGGGGAUGAAAAAUGGCUGGACACCAUUGUCACUGCAGAUGAAAAAUGGGUCCUCUACGUCAAUCACACCCACAAACGUGCGUGUUUCGAACUGCUGCCGGACAACACGACAGUUACUGCCGAGGUUUACUGCGCUCAACUGCAAAGACUGGCCGACAAGAUCCGCAAGGAGCACCCGAAGCUCGACAACGUUCGCCUUCUGCACGAUAACGCGCGCCCUCACAUCGCGAAGAGCACUUCCCAGAAAAUUCUGGGGCUCGGAUGGGAACAUCACCUGGAAGAGAAACGCUACGAUCGUGUCCACCUCGAAAAUGAUGUUCGGGCUUUCUUCGUCUCUAUGUCGAAGGAGUUCUACGCCAAAGGAAUCCGUGAUCUUGUGAGACAUUGGCAGAAGGUUGUCGAUGUUGAUGGAGAUUAUUUCGUCGAAUAA